GGAGGAGGAGGACAGCUCGCUCUUUUUCUACGAUGUGCUGAGAGCUGCUGUUUCAUUUCACCUCCGCCUCCGAGCAGUUUAGACCGCCCUCUCUCGUUAGGAUCAAGUGUUAUCUCAGAUUUUGAUUAAAAGUGCCAAGAUUUUUGACAAUUUCUCUAACCUACAGCCGAACCGGGAGAGCACUCCGCCGGGCGGUAAAGAGAGAAGUUUAAUCCCCAGCUGCUGCUGAGGAGACGGCGGAUCCGAGGUCCCACAUCCUACACAUCGCUAUCUUUAGGUCGAAUUGUUAUAUAUCUUUUCUUGGGAAGUUCUCAUUGACUUCAGUGAAGUUUAUAUUCACUCUGAGACGACAACACAUCCGCCCGGCAUCAUGACUCGGAGAUCCUGUGCCAUUUACGCCACCGGUAUCGUGUGCGCUCACCUCCUGAUAGUGGGGAUCGCCCUGGUCGUGGCUCAAGUCUUCCAAACAAUGAUACACAGCCGGUUAAAAAAGGAAAUAACUUUGACAGAGAAGAGUCAAAUGUUUGAGUCAUGGAAGGAUCCCCCUCCACCCGUUUACAUGGAGUAUUACUUCUUCAAUGUCACCAAUCCUGAGGUGUUCAUGGCAGGCGGGAAGGCAUCUUUAAAACAGAUCGGACCCUACACUUACAGGGAGUACAGGCCACGGGAGAACAUAACUUUCCUCGAAAACGGGACCAAGCUCUAUGCCCUGAAUCCCAAAACCUUUGUGUUUGUUCCUGAGAAGUCAGCUGGUGACCCUGAGGUCGACAUUAUCAGGACUGUCAACAUCCCGUUUGUGGCCAUCAUGAACGAGCUGAAUUCCUACUCUUUCAUCCUGCGAACUUUUGUUUCCAUGUACGUCGGAAGCUUGGGCGUCGAGUUGUUCAUGACCCGCACUGUCCAUGAGGUUCUGUGGGGCUUCAAGGACCCUCUCCUCUCAAAGGUCCACUCCUUGAAGCCCGAAGUAGACGAGUAUUUUGGGCUGAUGUGGAAGAAAAAUGGCACCCAUGAAGGAGAAUUUGUGUUCCACACCGGCGAGCAGAACUACUUGGAUUACGGCAAGAUCGACACGUGGAACGGCCUCAGGGAGAUGUCAUGGUGGUCUUCCAAUCAGAGCAACAUGAUCAAUGGCACGGACGGCGCGGUGUUCCACCCUCUGAUAAACAGGAACGAGCUGCUCUACAUCUUUGCUGCUGAUCUCUGCAGGUCUAUCCAUCUAGCCUACGUGAAAGACGUUGAGGUGAAAGGCAUCCAGGCGUACCGUUUUGCACCCCCUAGCGAUGUUCUCAUGAACCCCAAGGACAACCCCAGCAACGCAGGCUUCUGUGUGCCUGCUGGGGACUGUCUCGGCACCGGGGUGCUUAAAGUCAGCGUUUGUCGAGAAGGUGCUCCAAUCGUGGUAUCUUUCCCACACUUUUAUCAAGCUGACCCAAAGUACAUCAAUGCUGUUGAAGGGCUCAACCCCAACAAGGAGGAGCACGAGACAUAUCUCGACCUGCAACCGACCUCAGGGGUUCCCAUCCGUGCCUGCAAGAGAGCCCAGCUUAAUAUCAUCCUGAAAAGAGUCCAAGGCUUCCCUAAAACGAGGUUCCUCAAUGAGACCAUUUUCCCCAUCAUGUUCGUCAAUGAGACGGCAACCAUUGAUGAUGACUCUGCAUCCCAGAUGAGGACACUCCUCCUGAUUGUGACCCUGGUGUCAAACUUCCCUUUGCUCAUCGUGGGCAUGGGCAUCAUCUUGCUGCUGGUGCUCAUCGUCUUGUUCUGUCGAAACCGCCAGAAGAAGAAUGAAGUAAAACGUAUUGAUUUUACUGAAGCUUUUCAUUCUUUUGCUACGGUGAAAGAUGACACGGCCUACACUCAGGUCAGCGACAAACCCGAUGAGCCGUCAGAAACGCCCGCAAGCCAGCCAAUGAGGAAUGGCUCCUACAUUGCCAUGUCUCCAGUGGAGGCCCAGAAGUGUUGAUCAAAGAUCACCUCCCCAAGUGUGGAGCCCAUGAAGGGGGCUGAGGGAGCAGCAAAGGGGUGUUACAUUACCACGGGUCGGGGGUUUGCAUAAACAGCAGGCUCAUUUACUCUUAUUUUUGGGAGGGGGGGGCGGGGGCGUUGGGGAGGAAAAUAAAUAGAGUGGGACACAAGCCCCAGUAAAUGUUAGACAACAAAGACAUUGCUCCUCAAACUGAGCCCUCUGACUCUGUCCUCCUCUUCUCUACCUGCUGAGCAUGGCCCACGCUGCCUGCUGUACUGCAACUUAAAAAUCUCCCACUCUCUCAUUCCUCGUUUCCGUCCUGGUCGGUCUUUAAAGAUGAUGGGACUUUAGGCAAGAGGCUGGGCCAGGACAAGCCUUUUUUUCCAUGACUUCUGAGGGAACAUAGUAGCAUAGGUGACGCUGACGCACACGGACUGCCUACUGAUACUGCUCAGAGAGAGGAAUACUGUUCACCUGAACAGCAAUUGCUGUUGUGACCGUCGCAUUCUCGCUCUUUUCCUCUACGUCAGAGGAGAAAACUUCAAGCCGAAAGAUUAAAAGGAAAGAACCCGUAAUAGGAAACCUAAGACCAAACUCUGAGCUCCUGCGAACAGAAAAUAAAAUGGUUUUGCUAAGCAUAUCCUUUUUGUAAAGAAAAAAAAACACUGAGCCAAACCAUUUAUAGCAUUUUUGCUUUUUUGUCCUAAGAUGAAUUGGUGCAACCACACGCAUACACAGCGCACUUCCAGUAUCAGUUAGUAAAAGUGUGUUUGCACCUUUUUAUCUUACACUGUCCUGGGCAACUAUUUUUUGGGUUCAGGCACAGUGUAGUAACACCUGGAAUACUUGUGAUUUCCAUCCCCCCCUCCUCCAGAACACUAGUUAGAAAUAUUCAGCAUCAAGUUGAUGACUAGACAGCUGUGAAUUUAUUAGGGUUUCUGCCAGUAGCUUCAUAAAAUGGCGCCUUUCUUUUAGGCUUCAUCUAUUCAACUCUAAAAAGGAGAAAAACCACCCACAGAACUUACAAGGGAGACUUGAACCUGCUUUCUGCCUUAAAAUGGUUCAGUGUGUUCUUAAUGUUCAUACAGUGUUCAAAUAAGCUGGAAAACCUUUUUGUUGUACAUAUGUAAAAGGGGAAACGUUUAGAUACCUCUGACCAAAAUCCAGCAGGCAGUCCUUCUAGAUGUGCUGAAAGACACUUACGUUGCUCUGGUGUCGACCCGCUCCUGCACGUCUACACUGUUAUUAGAGAAAGCACAAUUUGGAUGGCUAAAACCAGUCCUCACAAGACUACCAGGUUUUUACGUCCUGUAAACAUAUAUAUUUACAGCUGAUCGGUCAAAGACACUAUCAAGGGCCAUGACUAUUAAACAAUAAAAAGUGGAAUCAUUGGGGGUUUUGAGGGAGCCUUGGGCACCACUCGCCGCUGUGCAGUCUUUCAGUUUGCCAAGGAGCUGUAGGCAUUCAGGCAAAACGCAGCACACAGCACUUGAAUCACUGUUUGUCUUAUGUUUCAUGUGUCGUUUUUCUGUCUGCCACACUCGUCUUGUCACGUCAAACCCAACAGCAGUAGUUGCUAAUGGGAAGUGAAUUUAAGGCCAUAAUAAUGUCAACGUGGAAAGUUCCCUGCACUUUGCCUGGAAUUGUGCCCUGUGUAUUUUCAUUGUGGUUUUUUGUCCUGUUUAUUGCAAGGCAAAGUGGUCCAUACGUUCAAAAUAUUUCAAGUUUUCUUUUACUGUUUUUUUUUGUUGUCCUUUUCGUUACAAUUAAGGUGGUCCAAACGUUCAAAACAUUUCAUUUCUUGUCUUUGUAAGUAUUGGUUAGGACGGAUGUUAAAUACACAUCCAUGCCUCUGUGUUACUUGCUUUCCACCACAUGAAGUGUCUUCUUUUGAUAUACUAUUGUAUUUGUUAUUGCUGCUAAAAAAAAAAAGGAAAAAAAAGAAAAUGCCAUAACCUAUGGACUUGUAUUUGUACAUACGUGUACAAAACGUGCUCGUAUUAUUUCAGGUUGAUAUGCAGAAGCGUUUUCUUUAAAGGCUUUCUGUGUCACCAACACCUUUUUGACACCUGAGCACAAGAUACAAAGCCCAAAGCUUGUUGCCAUUUAUUGGAAUAAGCAGUUACAGUUAUCACUAGCAACACUUUUGUAAAGCUAUCACACUUAACACACUCAUUCCUCUUAUUAGCAGAUGAUCAUAUCACAUGUAUUGUUGGCAUUUUAUUAUAGUAUUAGUAGUAAACUUAACAGUCCAUUGGAGGUGCCUAAUAUUGAUUAAGAUUGGUGUCAGAAGUCUGGGUAUAAUAAUCACACUGGUGGAGAGGUCGAAAGUAUUCCUUUUUUAAGGUUGAAUCAAUUCACUAAAGGCCUUUUGUAUUCCACCUACAUGCAAGCAAAUGCCGCCUUGUGCAAACUCACAGUGCAUCGUUAUCUACCUUUUUAAAAACUUGAACCUACAAGACCUUAAUCCCAAGAGUUGCGUGUCUGUUUAAACACAUACGCCUGAGCCAACACUCCUCCGCUGUCUGACUCCUACUACAUCGACCUUUGAGUCCAAUCUUUCAAGCCUAUUGGCUCGUCCUUGCUUGACCAAAGAUAACACACAUAGAUCUGCCCCAAGGUUUACUCUCCUCUGUGAUAACGGUUGUGCCACAAAGCCGCCUAGCUUGUUCAUUUUUUUUUUUUAUUGUGCCACCACUUAUGUGAAAUAUUUGCAGCAGUGCUGUAUUUGUUGUCUUUUUACAAGGCAAGAAGAAGGAAAAAAAAAGAAUGAAAUUUCACAAGUUGGUUUGAUGGGUAUUGUUUUUUUGUCACCUGGUGAAAGAGCAAAUAAAAGUAAUCAAUGCUCUUUAUGAGCAGAUCUCAGUAUUAAGUAAGAUAAAGCAAUACAGAGUUGUGUAAAAUAAUUUGUUUUGUAACUCCACAUGAUAUUUAUGUAUAUUGUUUUAGUUUUUCCCCCUGAAUUUGUGAUUUUUUGUUUGUGUUGCAUUAAGUUGUGUUUUUAUUUUUUUCGUAAUAUCCAACAUUUCAUUUUUGAUCAUUUCAAUUUUUUCACACUGAAAUAGCUAAAAAGAUGGACCAGUAUUUCACACUGGAAGCUGUAAAAUGUCUGUAAGAGUGUUCAUGAAUGGUUUAAGAUGUGGGUGUUUGAACCUGUGUGAGUAAAUUUGUGUUUGUGGACCCGGUGCACCAUUUCUGUCAAACUGGAGUGAUUUUUUACUGGAAGGCUGAUUAUCUUGAUGACUGCGUAAAGUAAUGCGAAGCUGUGUAACCUAACUAGAUGAAUGAAGCCCUCCUUCAGGGAUGAGCACUAGUGCCAUACCAUGCUUUUGUUAUUAUCAUUUUCCAUAAUUUACUCUUUGGUAUAACAACCGCACCUCCCCAUGUUCUGAAGUCACUAACAGAUGUUUCCUCCUGAGAUAUACUCAUUUGUUUUGCUGCUGAAUAGGACAUUCCUUGUCAUGUGAGGUGCAAAAUGAAUUUAAAGUAUAUCCAUUUUUAGUUUUGAUAAUUUACAUUGCACAGAUGUUUCUAAAGUGCUUUUGUAAACAUUUAUAGUGUAUUUGCAAAAAAAUAAAAGUUGCAAUCGAUGCAAAAUUCA